AUGAUCCGCCUCGUCAUUCUCGUGUGCUUAACCACCGCGAUCGCUUCCGAAAUCGAAACAACCAAAGAUGCUACCACUGAAAUACCUGCAGUUAAUACCACCAAAGAAAUUUUGAAGGCGAGCGAAACAGGUGACCCGUCUAAAGUAGAAAUUGUUAAACAGAUACGCCGAUUGAACGAUGAUGGCUCAUACACUAUUGGUUACGAAGCUGAUGAUGGAACUUUUAAGAUCGAGAGCAGAGAUGUUUUGGGUAACGUGAAAGGGACUUUCGGGUAUAUAGACCAGGAUGGGGAAAUCAAGCGUGUGACAUAUUCUUCAUCAAGUGAUAGUACCCCGAUUCCGGUGACGACCAGCAGCACAACACCUAGUGUACCAACUAUGAUAGUAAGAAUGAAUAAAACUGUGUCAUCAACCACUAGAAGACCAUUGCCAACCGUCGUGUAUCCAACUAGAGGUAUAUAUACUACAAGGGGAACUGUCAUUCAGCCAAUACCUAGAAGACGACUAAUAGCAAGUUCUACGAAAGCAGCAACAAAUAUUGAAACCACUACAGAAAAACAAAGACCAGAAGAAACUACAAGUAACAUCCUAAAUCUUUACAAACCAAAAUUAGAGGAUAGUGUUAAAUCGCGAACUCAAAUUUUAAAACCUAUGCCAACUACUGUGAGUGAUGAUUUAAUUAAUAAACAGACAACUAAAUUACCAACGACAGUGAAACCCGUGUACGAACAUGUCAAUGAAAAAGGAUCUGAACAUGACGGUAAUAAAGCGAAUACCAUACGUCGAGAGUUAACUGGAACCAGUCCGAACCCUCGUAUGAUCAGUCUACAACAAUCUGUUGGUGAUGAUUCCACUGAUGUUUAUGGAAGUCACUUGUCCCUCGGAACUGUACGUCCAUUAUUCACUACCACUACACCACGUCCAAGACUUGUGCCUAUACAUUCUCUAGUAGCUGCCAGACAAAAGAUUCAGCAACAAUAUCAGGAAGCGCAAAGUCAGGACCAGGAGACAACCGUCGAAGCAAGUACAGGCCGUGUUUUUAACCAAGAGAACGUAGUGACUUCCAAUCCAGUGCCAGUUAUUCACAUACCAACUGAAAGUGAUGACGACAGAUUGUAUCAUCAGCAGCCAAUUUACAGGAGACCACAAGCAGCUGUUCAUUUCCGUACACACGAGUACUUAAAAGACAAUCCUGGAGCUGCUGUGCCUAUUGGAAACCAGCGGCCCUUUCUCCACUAUGAAUAUCCGAACAAAGUAUUGGAGCCUCAGUAUGUUAGAGAGACAUCAUCCCAGCCGGUAGCUAAAACGACUACUGAACCAGUAACUGCUCAACCGUACGAAGUAAGGCCAGUAACUAGAAUUAUUCCUAUAGCUGUAGACGAGAGAGGUGUACCUAUUCAGGGGUAUCAAGCAAGGUUUGUGAACCCAUACCAUGUAGCACAACCUCAAACACAGAUGGUACUUCAACCGCGCUACGAACCAGUGGACGAAAUGAAUUCCAUAUCAGCCCCAGUGAGUACAAGAGACUUGAAACGCUUGCUCCAGAUUCUGAUAUUACGGCAGAAUCGCUUGCAAGCUUUAAUGGAUCAGAUCGUGUCGCCUGGUACAGGGUACCAGCCAGUACAGUUGUUCCGUCAGGAGCCGCAGUAUUACAACAGGAUUGAUAACCGCCAGUACAGAAACGAUGAUCGCUACGAUUACAGAUUCGAUCAGCAACAGUAUAGGCAGCAGGAAGCUUAUUCAAACCAAGUUACGAAUUACGACAAUUCACAAUACGAGAGUCAGCGUUAUGUUCCUCGGCGGAGGAUAUAUAGACCUUAUGAUACAGUGAGCGCCGCAACGAACCAUGUGGAAGAAACUCCAGAGUAUCUACCACCGGAUGUCCGAGAGACUUUACUGCUGAAAAUGCUGAUGUUGGCUAUCAGUCCUGACUUCAUGCCGACACCAGCUCCUCUUACCGAGCUGACUACAGCUGCACCCACGAGGAAGCAGGUCAGGAACGUCCAGAUCCUCGGAGAGGAUGGCUCGGGCGAGAAGGCGGCCAUGCAGAGAUAA